UAAAUGCUUAACGCGGUGGACGACACAAAUUGGCUGUGUGAUUUAAAUCCGGGAGACGUGUCAGUGUCAUUUUCCCCAGUCUGCUUUCGUCGCGCCAACCAUACAGAGCACAGAGCGCGAGUCGAAAUUGUAUCAUGGAGCGGCGAUUGCGGUUUGACUCGCCGUCAUUUAGCUAUCAAUACAUCUUUACUGUCGGCCUCUUUACCGGAAUUAUCGCUGGCUUUGUUGCAGCAGUCCUCAGGAUAAAUCCAAUGUCAAAAAAUUUCGUUUUGCCAUCGGAAUAUGAUAAAUAUGCGGAGAGCGAUAAAAUUCAGAAAUCACUUUCAAUGGUCGCCAAUUACCAGCUACGGCCAGAAUCGACCAUUCCUCGGGAUCUGCUUCAAAGAGCCGAGGAGGAUCUGGCAAAAUUAAUAGCAAAGGAAGUCAAUAUUUUGUGCAUGGUGAUGACGAACGCGACGCAAAGAGCAGCAUCUGAGCAUGUAAAACGCACUUGGGGCCGGCAUUGUAACAAUUUAAUCUUCAUGAGUGAUAUAGAUGACAAAUCACUGCCAAGUGUAAAAGUUGUCGACAAGGCAAAGAGAGAAGGCAGGUGGGCAAAAACUAUCAACGCAUUGAAGUACGCUUACAAAAACCAUCACUUUGACUGGGUUAUCAAAGUGGACGACUCAAAUUUUGUGUUCGUAGAGGAUUUGCAGGAGAUGCUUCUACCAUAUUCACCAAAAGAGCCCUUGUAUUUCGGCUUCAGACUCAAUCCAGUUCUCCCUCAAGGCUACAUGAGCGAAAAUGCAGGAACUGUCCUCAGCAGAGAGAGUGUGAAACGGCUGGUUAAAUCCGCUUUUGACGGAGCCAGCAAAGAAUGUCCGAAAUCGGACGAUAAUUUUCCACCCGAUGUUGAUUUAGCUUUGUGUUUGGCUGCCGUUAAAGUGGAGGCCGGCGACUCUAGAGAUUGGGAAGGCAGACACCGAUUUUUCCCUCUUGACGUCGCGGCGCACACCUUCGCGGAGCCAACUAAGUACAAGUGGUUUUGGUCGUACACAUUCUGGCCGGUUUUCAUAGGAAUCGAAGGCUGCGCAGAUAAGCCAGUCUCUUUUCAUUACAUAAAGCCGGCAGCCAUGUACAUGUUUGAGUAUUUGGCCUAUUACGUGCGGCCGUUUGUGGUCAACUCUUUAGAAAUCAAUACUCCAGCACCAACAAUCAUGCCCCCGCCGAAUGUGACCUCGUCAAGUACUACUAAAAAAUAAAAUUGUUUAUUUGUUUGUAAUAAAGACAAUUUUUUG